CCAUCCAAACGCAUAUUGUCGCAUCGAACCGUAUCGCAUCAAGGACACAGUCCAAUCCGUUCCCACCUUUUUUCUCCAGCGAAAUACUGCGCGGAUCUUGUCUGCGCGCGAUCAGCUCACAAUGAGCAAACAAAAUUCAGAAGCCACGUCGCUGCUGACUGAACAUUUGCGCUACACGCCUUUGUCUCUGAUCGACGACAUCAUCAAUGCAAUGAACACACUCAUAUAUCACGCCGUCAGCUCCGUCGAGAACGGCCUCCUUUCAACAUCUCCAGAAGUCCUCGGAUUCGGAAACAGUGGCGCCGGGGCGGACUCGAUACCGGAUACCGACGGCGACGGCAAUGUCGUGUACCCAGAGGCCAAGCUCGAGAUUGAAAACGGCGUGCACCAGCUCGAAACGCUGCUCGAGUCAGCGGUGGAUAAGGAUUUUGAUAAAUUGGAAAUUUAUACCCUGCGGAGUAUCUUGUCUGUGCCGGAGGAGCUGGUGCCUUGGGUCAGGUUGGCGCAUUAUGAGGGCCUAUCAUUCAAUUCUCCAAGUACCGCGACCGCAGAGUCAGACAGUCCAACUCCCGAAUCGAUAAACCUACAACGACGCAAGCUUCGCGAAACGCAAAAACUGCAUGCCGCCCUCUUGCAAGAACGAGAGCAAAAUGCCUUGAUUAUCGAACAAUUACGCGCUUUGCGAUCCGGUACUCUGCCAGUACCGUCAACGUCGUCGUCUUCAUCAUCAUCGAAUCUGUCAAGUAAUCUCAAAACCGAGCCGCAGUCGUUGGAGAAUACCAAAAAGCCCAGCGACACGCAACAACAGCAAUCACUCAUUUCGCCAUUUUCGUUUCUAUUCAAUGCCCCUUCUGCUCAAGCUCUUGGGGUUGGAGCGACCUCUGCAUCUACAUCCUUGCCUGCACCCGCCUCAACAUCCUCCCUCUCCGCCUCAACCUCGUCCGCUUUACCAUCAUCCUCUUCAUCAGGCCCAUCACGACCAAGUCCACUAGCUACAAAUGCCGAAUUCCUCAUCUCUCAACUCUCUGCCCUACGCACGGCCCUGGACAAUCUUCGGCCCCGUCUUUCUUCCUCCUCUGCUCCUUCGUCGUAUCCUCCUCCUAGCAGCGCUGCUGCCGACGACCACGCAGCAGCAGCACAAAGACCCACCUCCCGCGCCGCUCGCACGCAAUACAUUGAAUCCCAGACCCGCAGACACAUGCAACGCACCGCGCGCAUGGACCUGGAUGACCAGGGCGCCCCGCGACACGGCGGCGAGUAUCAGCGCCCCGGCCGCAAAAUUGACCCGGAUGAAGUGCGCUCCUUGGAAACCUUUGCCGGUGUGUUGAGGGGUGCUGGUGCUGGUGCUGGUGCCGAAGGCGGCGGCGGCGGGGCGGGGGUGGGUGGUGGGAUUACUUCUCAUAGUCCUUCUGGCGGGUCAGGGUCGGGUGGGGAGAUUGACAGCGGUAAUCCCAAUGGUAGGUCUGGUCAGAACGAUGGCGAUGUCGAAAUGUCCAACACCGAUACAUCUGCACCUACAGCUAUAGAUACGCAUGCCGAUGGAGACGCGAGUACUACGUGACGGACACUGCCGAGACAAAGAAUACCGGCAGAGGAGAGGAUAAGGGAUGAGAGUGAGAGACAGUAAAGAGAAAGAGAAAGAAUUUUUGAGGUAGAUAUAUAUGUAUGAAUCGUAUGAUUUGUAUGGAUCGGAUGGCACGGAUGGCACGAAUGGGCGCGGAUGGAUUAUUUGGCGCGGACAAAGGAGUUCUGGGCUGGGUUAUAUCCACAUCUGAAAUAUCAAUGGCGUUUUUAAUUUUGCUCGUUUCGAGACAUCCGUGCGGGACAUUUUAUUUCUAAGACUACAAAGCAAAAAGCAAAAAGGGAGAAUGGGACUCUGGGACUCUGGGACUCUAGACCACGCUGCGAGGAAUGAUAGUAUGAUAGUAGGCUGGACCACGUAGGAAGGACUGGGACUCUGAACGAGGGGAA